CAUCCCUGCCAAAAGAGGCGGAGCUUAACCUCACAAUCACUUAUAAUUGCCAUUCAGCUGCUGGUGACAACAUUGAUUUUCUGCUUCCUGACUGAAACACCUUUUCUUACAGUGAUGUCAUCUUCCACCCCUUUCCUGUCUAAGGAGUUGUUCCAGUGCUCUGUGUGUCUGAAUGUUUUCACCCAUCCCGUGUCCCUUCCAUGUGGUCAUACGUUUUGCCAGUCAUGUAUCCUAGCUCAGUGGACAGCAUCUGGCUCCUCCCAUUGCCCCAAAUGCUCCGCAGUUUUCCAGGAAACACCAGAGCUCCGUGAAAAUUCUUUUGCUCAUGAGAUGGCCGAGCAAAUCCGCAAGCAGAGGGGUCAGAGGUCAUCAGAAUAUCGUCCAGUCACAUCAUACAAUGUUUCAUGUGACAUGUGCCCUUUGGAGAAAGCAUCCCGUGCUGUAAAGUCUUGCCUGGUGUGUGUGGCGUCAUACUGCGAGGUGCAUGUGACGUCCCACACCUCCAGGUUCACCAAGCACAAGCUCGUGCAGCCACAGCGGAUGGACAAGCGAAUUUGCAGGAUACAUGAAAGACCCUUGGAGCUUUUCUGCAGAUACGACCAGUCUGCAGUUUGUGUGUUGUGCAUGAAUACAGAACACAACACACACCACACAAUACCAGUGGAGACAGAAUGGGCAGAGAGAAAGACUCAGUUAUUAAAGACACAGUCUGACCUGAAGCAGAUGAUUGUGGAGAGAUGGAGUAAAGUUGAGGAACUCAAACACUCUAUAAAACUAAACAAAGACAACACAGAAAGAGAGAUGGCAUACAGUGUUGAGGUCUUCAGUGCACUGCAGCAGUUUAUUGAAAAGAGCCAGUCUCAGAUGCUCAGAAAGAUGAAACACAAGCAGAAAACUGUAGAGAAACAUGUAGAGGGCCUUCUUAAAGAGCUGGAAGUAGAAAUCGCUAAACUGAACGCAAGAAACUCUGAGCUGGAAAAGCUCUCAUGCUCUGAAGACCAUCUUUACAUGAUACAGGCUUUCCGUAGCCCAAGUGAGUUGCCUCAGUGUAAAAGCUGGUCUCAGAUCAGUGUGCACACCUGUCAGGGUAUGGAGGUGCUGAGAGAAACCCUGAAAGCUGCAGAAGAACUGCUGAAAACACAAAUAUACACCGUCACAAAGAGAGAACUUGAGGUCAUUUCCCAGUAUGCAGCGGAUAUUACCCUUGACCCUGACACAGCAAACCCCUGGUUGGUGGUGUCUGCAGACAGGAAGUGUGUGACUGACAGCAACGUAGAACACAACGUUUCAAACAACGUUCAACGUUUUGACUCUGUACCUUGCGUCCUGUCAAGAGAGUUCAUCUCAAAGGGAAGGAGUUAUUGGGAAGUAGGAGUCUCAGGUAAAACAGCAUGGGACUUGGGAGUAGCCAAGAAAUCAGUCAACAGAAAGGGUUUGGUGACACUGAGCCCAGAGGAUGGUUACUGGGCAGUUUGUCUGAGAGGGGGCAGUGAGUACAGGGCCUGUGACCGUGAAUCAGUGCUUCUGUCACUAAAGACUCUUCCGCAGAAAAUUGGCAUAUAUGUGGAUUUUGAAAAGGGACAGGUAUCAUUUUAUGAUACGAGUGCAUGCGCACAUAUGUACUCAUUCACUGGACAGUGCUUUAAUGAGAGCUUACUGGCCUACUUCAACCCAGACAUGAAUGACACAGGACAUAACAACGCACCACUUGUUAUCCAACCUGUCAAUGAUGACAAUGGGGAUACUGUGACAAUAUGAAGACUGAAAAUCAACAAAAACAGAAAUUAACAGAAAAACAAA